ACAUGGACCGAAAAAUAUUUGGAAAGGGAAGUUGAUCUACUUUCUUUGAAUUCAGUGAAAUAUAUUUCUUGAGUGUUAUUAUGAGUGAACUUUUUCGAAAAGACCAGCAUGUUGCUCAAGCGGUAGAAACUGACUCGAACGACGAAAUGGAGUCCAGUAUGGACGAGGCGGAAAAGGCAAACCCUGUUCUUGAUUUUACUGUCAAAACAUGGAAAGAUGAUGUCGCGUUCGUCGUCGAAAAGAAACAAAUGUACGCAGCAAAAGUGGUGCUUGCACUGGCAUCUCCUGUUUUUGAAGCAAUGUUUGGUUCAGAGUUUACAGAGCGGUACCAGAAUGAAGUGGAACUUCCUGGCAAGCAAUUUGAAAGUUUUCACGAGUUUUUGUGCUGCCUCUACCCAAACAUCAAAAAGCCAAUCACCAUAGAAAAUGUGUACAAAGUUUUGCCACUAGCAGAUGAAUACCAGGUGAAAUCGUUGAAGAAAAAAUGCGAGAAAUUCCUUCAGCGCUUUGUUAUGAGUGCUGAUGUGUCCACAGAAAAAAUACUUGUGUGUCUUACCGAAGUUACGCUUCACAAUCUGAAUUCUGUCAGAGAUAGUUGCAUUACCAGAUUACUUGAUAAGAAUCCAUCAGACCUUGUUAACAUUCCUAGUGGUCUUGUUUCUGAUGAAAUAAUGGCAAUGGUGUUAAAAGAAGUAGUCGAAAAACAACAAGCUGCAAAUACUGCACUUCAUACAAAUUUAGUAAAAUCGUACAUAUUGAUUGACAUGUCAAAAGGGUUUAAUACGCAAGAGUUGGCGGGUUUUGAAAAUGCCGUAGGAGCAACUAUCAGACACACAGUCACAAAUGUGUCUAAGCUGAAAUGGCAAAAAAGCAAACAAAUAACUCUUUGGAACUUCAAGUUCAAUGCAUUCCUGAAAAUCUCUCCAGAAAACUUUGGUUUCUUUCUUCAGUGUGAACCUCCGGAUGGAAUAGAAAAUUGGUCAUGUGUUGUGAAAGGCAUUUUGAUAAUGAAAAAGCAUUCAGGAGCAUCGGACAAGAACAACAGGUGCUUGAAAAUCUCACACACCUUCACACCAGAACAAUUUGAUUGGGGAUUUGGGGCUUUUGAGAAAAUGGAAAAAGUUCUGAAUCCAGUGAAUGGCUAUAUAAAGGAUGACUCCCUGAAAGUAAAGAUCCAUUUCUUGGCAAACAAACCAAGCUGGAUUGAACCAAGUGGCUAAAACCGGAGAGCAACAUUGUUGCUACCACAAGUGAAGACUGUGUUGCCCAGCAAAGGAAUAUUUGCAAACAUCUUAUAAAUAAAACUUUUAAUGUACAAUACUUCAUUUCAAAAUCACAUGACCGGAAAUUAUUUGGUAUUGCUAUUUGCAUCAUCAGAAUGAGUUUAAAUGCUUAAAUGAUAUGGCAAAAAAAUGUAUUUCGUGAGUAAUUCACUAUUGAAAAAAUGCUCUGGGGGAAUUAACAUUUAUAAUAUUCAUUAUAAAUGUUAGACAAUUUUUUUUAUCAGCUUAAAGCAUAGUCUUAGUAGUGUUGAAAUCAAUAUUUUCCCUUACGUGUAUCGGGCAAAUAUUAUGCAUUUUUUCAAUAGGAAAAGAUGGACCAUUAUAACUUUAAAACUGAUUGAAAAUUAUUCACUAAAGGCUAUCUGCUUUAGAAUUGAUUUCUGAAUUAGUAUAUAAUUACUUAAGAAAGCACUAUUGCCUAAAAUGUAUGAUUGACCAAAUCUGACUAUCCAGAUUUGUUGUAAGUACUAUCGAAUAAUGUUGGGAUUAAAUAGCUAUGUUUUAUAUUAUUGUCAAAACAAUGUUUACAGCUUAUAUUUUGGUUCCUACAGAAUCUGUAUUAUGGGGCACAUAUUCAAUACUACUUAAUUUAAGCUAUAGUUUUUUUUCAUUGAACUUUAUAUUUCAAGUUGAUAUUGACAAGUUUUAAGUUUGGACAUCUGUUUUUAUAUGCCAAUCUAUUACUACAUGCACUCUGGUGAAUGUUAAGUUAUACACUAUAAUCUACUGUUGGAAAAUUGUUAUCUUGUCAUUGAAUAAAAUGUGUUCUGUCACGAUUGA